ACCAGAUAGCGGCCGUGCUGACGUAACACGGAAGUUACGUCAAACCAACUCAUUGUCAAUGUGCUAACGGUAAAGUGAAGCCCAGUCAGAGCGGUGUGCAGCCAUGUGGCCUGUGGUUUGGACGGCCAUGCGGACCUACGCCCCUUACGUCACCUUCCCUGUUGCCUUUGUGGUUGGGGCGGUGGGCUACCACCUGGAGUGGUUCAUCAGGGGCACCCCCAAACCACGGGAAGAGGAGAAGAGCAUCCUGGAACUGAGGGAGGAGAGGAAGCUGCAGGAACAAUUGGGAAGGGACAGCACCCAGGUCCUCAGCCUGAAGGAGAAACUGGAAUUCACGCCCAAAGCGGCACUGAACAGGAACCGAUCUGAAAAGAGCUAACCAGUAUGGGAGCGAGAGACUCACACCCUCCCCCUCACAGCCUGGAGCAGAGGUCCUAGCACUGAAUUGUCUGAUCCACCGCUUGGAGAGAAUGCAGGGUGAGCCAGCGAGGCAAAUCACCCAGUCUGCCCCUAUACAUCUGCCACAUUUUGUCACUCCUGCGCUCCCUAAAGCAUUGGCAUGCCUGUGCAAUCAUCAGACACCUUUGGAAGCUCAUUAGAAAAAGGAAUACUUGCUUGUUGCAAUAUUGUAAUAAGACUAUGAUUUAUUGACCUGUCCUCCUCUAUUUCACAUGCUUGUUGCUGCAGUGAUGAACAACUAAUAUCACUGUAAUCAGAUACACCGCACAGAGCCGUGUUGCUACAUAUGGAGUCUCUGACUGUCUUCCCCGGGGCAUUCAAGCUUGUGAAUCAGUAUCAAAAGUUUAAUGUGAUUUGGCCGUCUGUUUGCCGUCAGCUUAGCUCACACAGCUAAAAAGAACUCUUCCUGAUUUAUUUAAGUCCAGGUGUGGCAUUAUGAGAUGAAUUUCAUUGUGCUCUCGCUAUCAAAACACUUAACUGUCAUCUACUGCAUGAAAAGAGGAUUACUUCAUGUAACGAGCCUGUCAGAAAGUGUCUUAUUGUAAUCUUUUCUGUAUGGAUAAGAAAGGUUUCCUGUUUGUGAACAUAAUAGAAAAGGAGGCGAUAACGAUGGCUUUAGUCUUUUUAUCUAAUUCCAUGUAGGCUUUCUUUUAUUAUUUUCAUGACAGCCUGUGACAAAAUGAAACAAAAGUGUGGGAGAUCUCUCAGGAAGUAAAAGCUGUCCAGCCCCACCACUUUACUUGACCUACUUUCAUUUUAGAAAGUCUGGAUGGAUGGUUUGGUAACUGUGUUUAAAUUACAGUGUGUGAUUAUACUGAACAUGAAAAUAUGUUGAGUGUUUGUACUCUGAAAGUGCAUGCCCUAUUGAAUUUUGAAAAGUGAUGUUGCCAUCUUCAAUAAAGAAUUGUCUUUGAGAGCA